ACUACUGAAUUUGCUAGUAUAUAAGGGAAGAACCCUCCUUGUUGGUUUUCUUUCUCGUAUUUCCUCUGUCAAUUGACCUUUUUUUCGUCACGCCAUUGCAACAUCACCCCCCUGAAACCCAACACCGUGAGUAGGAUCCAACCCCUCCAAGACAUCACCUCAACCACCAUUUGGUAAAGACGUGAGGUCCUUCAUGGCUUCCAGCUUUUACUGAACAGCUGCCUGUUCGCUCCCGCCCUCCAAGGAAAGAAGCUCAGGCAGUCCAGAAUACUCACGCCCGCACCUGCCUUCCAUUACUGCACAUCAAAUACCCGACCCCAAGCUGUAGCUCCUCAUCCGCUUUCUCAGACUGACAGAAAUUAUCCCCAGUGUACACCCCAGGUCCUGUACUGUACCCAGUCCAUCCAAGUGCAACACAUAACCGGCAGCCAUGGGCAAGUCCAAAGUGGUUACGGCCGUGUUUCGAGCCCUCCAGCUCAUCCUAUCAAUCACGGUCCUGGCUUUGACCCUCACCUUCCUCAAGGGCCAGGUAUAUGGCGACCCCCCCACCACCACCAAGUUCACCAUCUUCGUUGCCGCCUUCACCAUCGUCGUAGCAGUGGCCAACCUCCUCGGCGCCAUCUGGUGGACAUGGCUCGAGGACAUUGUCCCAACGAUUGCCCUGAUGGCUCUGGACGGUAUCGCCGCAUUGUUGUUCAUCGCAGCCGGAAUCGCUUGGUCGAUUGGACUCAAGGAUACCCAUGGCUGCUCAUUGGGGGACGACGACGGCAGAGGCCUGUAUUUUACCGGUCUCAUCAACGGAGGCUUGAUUGAUGUUGGCGGAUCGCAGCCACUUGCUGGUUAUCUGCGCGAGGACCUAAAAUCCCCGGAUUUGGCAUUCAGUAGGCUCCAAGGGCUGUGCCACAAAGCUGUCGCGAACCAAAGUUUGAUGUUCGUGGUUGGGGUUGCGCUUUGCGGCAGCCUGAUCGGGUUGAGAUUCUGGAGCUACAAAAGGGGCGGACAGAAGACGACUUAUGUGUAACCACCUCCCACGGCCCCUUGGGUUGCACACCCACGACAAACUGAUGAAAUGGGGAUAGACAGGAUUACGGCCGACAAUUAUGGUGAUGGAUCUAAUGUAGAACGAAUUAUGGUAUUAAAC